CAGCUGCCUGGUGGGGAGUGUGUGUGUGUGUGUGUGUGUGUGUGCCUGCGUGUGUGAGAAACUCCCUCCCCCUCCUCAAGCCUUGGCUUGGGUCUUCCCAUCCCCACCCGUUCUUUCUGGGGGCUCUGAAGUUCAGCCUUUCCUUCCUCAGAUGGGGCCUGAGGGCUUCAUAUCAGGUCCACCAGUAGGGGCUGUCAAAGGAAGAGAGGGCUUUCUCAGUUUCUUUUCCUAAUCCAGAAAGUCCCUUCUGGUGUCUGGCUGCAAGCCCUCUUGCUGCUGCAGGAGCGCCCCAGAUCUGCCCACUCACAGCCACACUUCCCUGACUGGACAAGAGAGGAGGCAGCAGGGUGUGCCCGCUCCCUUGCUGUCUCCCUUCCCUGAGCCUGCCAUCCCCUCAGCAUCUCUGAGCACAGGGGCAGCUGGCGAGCCUGCCUGGCCUCCUCUAUGUGGGUGUUUGCAGUUGGACGCUUCCCUCCCGCCGCCUCCCCCUUCUCCCCACGCCUCAGCUGGGCCAGCCCCCUCCCCCUCCUGUCCCCUGCCGCCUCCCUGCAGCCUCUCUCCUGGCAAAGCCUCCAGCCUGGCCUACUCCUCUGCGGGUCCAGGGAGCCUCGCAGGCGCGUCCCUUCCUCCCACGCCUGCCCUCCUCCCCCCUGCCCUCUUCCCCUUCACCCGUCCCCUGCCCUGGACUCUGCCAACAUGAAGGUCUUGGCCUGUCUCCUUGCAGCACUGGUGGGGAUCCAGGCUGUUGAGCGGCUGCGCCUGGCUGAUGGUCCCCACGGCUGUGCCGGCCGCCUGGAGGUCUGGCAUGGCGGGCGCUGGGGCACCGUGUGUGACGAUGGAUGGGACCUUCGGGAUGCUGCUGUGGCCUGCCGGGAGCUGGGCUGCGGGGGGGCGCUGGCCGCCCCCGGGGGCGCCUUCUUUGGGGAGGGCGCAGGGCCUGUGUGGCUCAGCGAGCUGGCCUGCCGGGGCAGUGAGGGGCAGCUGGGCCUCUGCCCCCACCGGGGCUGGAAGGCCCACAUCUGUUCUCAUGAGGAGGACGCCGGCGUCGUCUGUGCAGGCCAGCGAGUGGCGACCUCCAGGGACGACUCAGCAUCACCCCCAGAUGGGGGUCCAUGGCUGGGGCUGUCUGGGGACCUGAGCCCUGGCUCUGAGGACCCCCCUGUGACUCAGGUCCCCCGCCCAGCUGGGACCCUCCAGAGUGGCCCCCGGAAGAAAAGCCUCCGGCCACCCAAGCCGGCCAAGUCCACCCGGGCUCCUCUGCUGACUGGAGCCCCACGUCCAGAGCGACUGCGCCUGGUCUCAGGCCCCCACGGCUGUGCCGGCCGCCUGGAGGUCUGGCACGGCGGGCGCUGGGGCACCGUGUGUGACGAUGGAUGGGACCUUCGGGAUGCUGCUGUGGCCUGCCGGGAGCUGGGCUGUGGGGGGGCGCUGGCUGCUCCUGGGGGUUCCAGAUUUGGGCCUGGUGCGGGGCCUGUGUGGAUGGACGAUGUGGGGUGUGGAGGAGGAGAGCAGGCCCUCCGGGACUGUCCCCGAAGCCCCUGGGGUCGGAGCAACUGUGACCACAGUGAGGACGCCGGACUGGUCUGCACUGGACCUGCCCCCCGGCUGCGCCUGGCUGACGGCCCCCAUGGCUGUGCUGGCCGCCUGGAGGUCUGGCAUGGUGGGCGAUGGGGGUCGGUGUGUGAUGACGCCUGGGACCUUCGAGAUGCUGCCGUGGCCUGCAGGGAGCUGGGCUGUGGUGGGGCGCUGGCUGCCCCAGGGGGUGCCUUCUUUGGAGAGGGGGCUGGCCCCAUCAUCUUGGAUGAUCUUCGAUGUCGGGGAAACGAGACGGCCUUACGAUUCUGCCCAGCGAGACCCUGGGGCCAGCAUGACUGUCACCAUCGGGAGGAUGCUGGGGCUGUGUGUGAUGGCAUGCCCCUUGGCUUCGUCUCCCCCACGGCCCCUGCUGUGGACAGCAACAGCUCAGCACCCAGGGAGGCAGCGACCAGCCCACUUUCCACCAUAAUGGGCCAGACCCUAGGGACAGCAGGCGGUUCACCCCCUCCAGCCUCUCCUACUGCUCCUUGGGAGCCUGGGCCAGAAGCUGGGUCCCCUGGGCUGCGCCUGGUGGCUGGGCCCAGCAGGUGCUCAGGCCGACUGGAGGUGUGGCAUGAUGGGCGCUGGGGGACAGUGUGUGAUGACAGCUGGGACACACGGGACUCAGCUGUGGUCUGCCGAGAGCUGGGCUGCGGGGGGCCUCGGCAGCCAGACCCUGCUGCGGGACGCUUUGGCUGGGGCGCAGGCCCCAUCUGGCUGGACGACGUCAGCUGUGUGGGGACAGAGGCUUCACUGUCUGACUGCCCUGCUGCUCCCUGGGGGAAGCACAACUGCGCUCACAAUGAGGAUGUCGGGGUCACCUGCACAGGGACCCCUGGCCUGGACACCAUCUCAGACCCUUUCAGUUGGAGCUGGCUCCCUGGGAUGGGGAGAGAUCAGGAUGCCUGGCUCCCAGGAGAGCUGGUUACCAAACCCCCUGUAAGUUUGACCUCCAGUGUGCUCGAGAAAACCACGAAGGCCUCAGGGAAAAUGCCCAAGAGUACUAAGAAGUGGGUGACCAAAACUACAAAGAGACCAACCACUCAACCUCCUGGGAUGUCAACCACUAAACCCUCCAGGGGCCUGAGCACCCCAAACCUCUCAGAACCAACCUCCAAGACCACAAUCCUGACUACUGAGGCCUCCCCAAAAGGAACCUCUGAGCCAAAAAGGCUGAUCUCUGAGGCUCCCCACAGACUGACUUCACACACCACUACUGAGCUGACUCCUCAGGCACCCUGGGAAUGGACCUCAAAGACUGUGGCAAUGCUGUCCACACAAAGCCCCAGAGAAAUUACCUCUGAGGCCACUGUCAAGCAAAGCCCUCAGGUCUCCCUGGAGACAUCUGCUGAGAUCCCAGAAGGAUCUCCAGAGCCAUCCAAAGACUCAGUCCCCUCCCCCACUGCUAGCAGCCUUGGGGAAUCAGGCCCCUUUCGGGUUCGUUUGGCUGAUGGGCCCAACAGGUGUGCUGGCCGGCUAGAAGUAUGGCAUGCUGGACGCUGGGGGACAGUCUGUGAUGACAACUGGGAUCUGAGGGAUGCCACUGUGGCCUGCUGGGAACUGGGUUGUGGAAAGGUCCGGCCCCGAGUAGGCAAAACUCACUAUGGCCCUGGGACGGGGCCCAUCUGGUUGGAUGACAUGGGCUGUAAAGGGACAGAGAGUUCACUAAGUGACUGCCCCUCACGGCCAUGGGGGAAUCACAACUGUGACCAUGAAGAAGAUGUGGGGCUUACAUGCACUGGCUAUACAGACGAUGAUGAUUAUCCUCCCUGGACCUGGGACCCCACUUCAGGAGAGGAGCUGGCCAAAGGGACUACUACCGCAGCAGGGUCUGAACACAUGCUUUCCUGGGGCACCACCAGGCGCCCAGGGGUCCCCCUUCCAGCAACACAGCGACUUCCAGACACAGGUGACCAGGAUGGUGACAAGCCUUCCCGUGCACAGGAUGUGUCUUCCAGAAGGGGCCCGGUCAAGGGGACCCCCGCUUCAGCCACACCUGGACCCACUCUAACCACUGGCACCACCAAGAGCCCAGGACAGCCCUCUCCAGCUCCAGGGUCCUCUGGGGACAGAGGUGCCCCGAGGAAGCCGUGGCCCGAGCGCCGACCUUCGCGACCCACGGCAGCCAGGACGGCGGCCUCCACCUCCUCCGCCUCGCCCUCCCUCGCGCCAGGGUCAUCGGGCCCGCCGCCCACCCCCGACUCGGCCUCGACGAGGGAAGCGACCACCGACCCCGCAUACACUUCUCCACCCACCCAGGCCGGGCCCGCCUGGACCGCGCCCGACCUCGCUCUGUCCACUGCCGACUCCAGUUCGGGUCCGGCUGGGGUCCCGGCGCUCUCCUCCACUCAGUCGUCCACCUCACCCAGAGAGCUGACCUCUGACCCCACUGCGCCCUCAGAGCUGACCCCAGUGUCUGACACCACCCCAGACCUGGAGACAGCUUCUUACCCCCAAACAGCCCCAGAGCCUUCUGGGUCCCCAGACCCCUCCACAAGCCCUUGCCCCACUGCCCCCACACACCCCAUCAUGACCCCUGGCGCCACCGGGACCUCUCACCCCAACAGGACCCCUCGCACCACCACUGACUCCAUCACCUCCCUUCACCCCACCACAGUGCCUCACCCUACUAUGACCCCUGAACUCACCGUGACCCCUGACCCUGCCACAGCCCCUCACCCUGCCACAGCUCAGCCUACUGCCACCAUCCUCCCCAGUGGGACUCCAGACCCCACCUCAACUCCAGGCAUCACUGCCAAGACCCUUGCAACCUCCCUGGGGACGGAACUUCCCUCUCCCACUCUAGCACCAAAGGUCAAACCCAGCUUGCACCCCCAGUUGACUGUAGUAGGGACCCCCCAAACCCCCACAUUCCAGGUACUGAACCUAGACCCCUCCCCAGCCUCAGGGUCCAGCCCCUCAAGGACCUCUCCAGUGCCAAACGUGGGCCCACUGUCCACUGAGGACUUCCAGCCACCCACAGGCCAGACCCCCAGACUAACGCCUCCACCUGCCCACACCCCACACUCAGCCUCCGACCCCACUGUGACUCCUGACCUCCACCUGCCUUCGGUGGCUCACCCCUUGGAUCAACCUCCCCCUGACCACCUCCCCCCGGGGCCAGCCCCUAGCCAGAUCCCAGGUUCCCUCGACCAGUGUGUAUCCCCAGUGCCUCCUGUAAGGGUCAUGGCUUGUGAGCCUCCUGCCUUGGUGGAGCUGGUGGAUGCUGUGAGGGAUGUGGCUGGCCAGCUGCAACGACUGACCCAGGUCCUGGAACAAGACCGUCAGGAGCACCAAGUCCUGGGGCUGGGAUUAGCCCGACUGGUAGAGGCUGCUCAGGGACUGGGGCAGUUGGGUGAGGCUGUAAAGAAUCUGGCAGAGGUGGCCCGGCCCCCCAGCACGCCUGUGCCCACCACCCCCACCACCCCAGAGGAGGAGGAGAGACCUCUGAGGGGAGAUGUGUAACCCUCUCCAAGAUUUGGGGAGCUAGAUACUUUCAAACAAAAGAAAACCAAAGUCUCUAAUUAAAAACAAGGUGUGACACAAGGCCGUGGGUUCGAUCCCCCGCACCAAAAACAAAAAACAAAAAACAAAAAACAAGAUGUGACCAA